GCUUCUACUCUUUUUGUUCCGAACCCCCUCCACCCCACCCACGAAAUCGAGCUUUGAUGGCAUGAUGCGUGAUGCGCCCUUCGCCGUCCCUCCUCUUCCGCAUACGCUCGAAUGUCGCCCUCACCAAACAUAACAGGUCCGACUUUGCGGCACACUCGCAGCGACCGCUAAAGGCAGCAUACUAUCGAGGAGGCACAUCCCGAGCCGUCAUCAUCCAGCCGCAACAUCUACCCACCUCCCGCGCAAAAUGGCCGUCUAUAUUCCGCGAAAUCAUGGGGAGUGGCGAUCCGUAUGGACGGCAGCUAGACGGCAUGGGCGCAGGCAUCUCGAGUCUCAGCAAGAUAUGCCUCGUUGAACCGUAUGGCGACGUCGUUGUAGGACGUAGGCGCGCAGGUUCUGGCGGUAUUGAUGAUGCGCGGGCUAGAGCACAGGCUCUAGAAACGCAGGAGACUGGCGUCAAGGAGGUGGAUCUCGACUACACGUUUGUUGGAAUGGGCAUUGAGAACGACGAGGUGGAUGUCGCAGGCAACUGUGGGAACAUGAGCAGCGCCAUCGGUCCUUAUGCGUACAAUGCUGGUUUGCUUUCGCGGCAAUUAUACUCGGAGGGUGAUGGAGAGGUCACGGUGAAGAUACGGAACACAAAUACUGGCAAGUUUAUCGAAUCGACGUUCGAGGUUACGGACGGCCAGGCAGCUGUCAAGGGUGACUACACUAUCGACGGCGUAUCAGGCACGGGCUCCAAGAUCAAGCUAGACUUCCAGCAUCCAUACGGCAGCAAGACGGGCAGAGUCCUACCAACGGGGAGGAAAGUGGAUAACAUUGCCGGUUACAGAGUGUCUUGUGUCGACGGCGCAAACCCAGCGAUUUUCAUCCGCGCCGACGAAAUUGGCGUAGACGGUACAAUCCUGCCCAAUGACUUCAACAGGCUGCCAGAAAAGCUCGCUCUCCUCGAGCGCAUACGCAAGACCGCAGCCGUAGCCAUGGGCAUCGCAGCUACCGAAGACCUCGUCCCUCGCACAGUCCCGAAAAUUGGCCUCGUAUCCAUGUCCUCGACCCACGCCGUGCUCUCGGGCCAAACACUCAAGACGCCGCAGAUGGACCUUGUAGUCCGCUUCUUGUCAGACACGCAACCGCACCGUGCGAUCCCACUCACAGCAGCUCUGACGACGGCCGUUGCUGCCCGCAUCCCUGGAACCAUUGUUGAGCAGUUGCUUGCUCCCGAUCCAGUCAUGGAGGAUACUAUUACCAUCGGUCAUGCAAGUGGGCGGCUGCAGGUUAAUGCCAUCAUGGAAGAGAGUAACAGAUCGAUACCACUUAGUGCUACGGUUUAUCGAACAGCGAAGCGAUUGUUUGACGGGAAUGUGUUUUGGACAGACAAGGGAUUGGACAAGACUGAAGCUGAUACCGGCUACGGUAACGACGGUAGGGGUGCGCUUGGUCUGGCAUUUGUGCUCGAGAGCCGACAACAACAACAACUCCAGAAUCCACCUGCCAAGCCGACACUGCACGAGGCUAAAGAACCGGACCUGGUCGAGCGAGAGACAGAAGCAGUCGCAAUGCAAAAGGAGGAGGCGAGAACAGUCCCAGACACAAGGCAGGAAGCGGAAAUGCCUCUGGGGAAAGAAGGGGAGGAUCCAAGCCCGCUGGUCCCACCCUCAAUAUCCUACAGACCUCUGCAACGUGGUUCUCUGUUCACUGACACUACCAUGCCGACACACCCACCAACCCCCUUAAUAACCGCCAUCACAGACCUGCAGACGCACCUCACGAAGCUCCUCGCCGACCCCAAUCUCGCGACAAAGCCCUACCCACCCUACCUCGCCUCCGUCAUUAAAUCUUCGUUCGUCAGAAUCGCAGACAAUUCCGUUCCGAUAACUCCACAGGGCGAGGAGUGGCAGAGAUGGUCCAAGGGCUUGCAUGUGCUGACAAAGGCCGACAGACAUAGGCUGGAUAAGGCGGCGAAGAAGAGAGAGAAGGCGCAAAAGAAAGUGGAGAAGCUGGCAAGAAAGACGGAAUUAAGGAGGAUAAGGGCAGAGAAAAAAGUGGGUGUUCAUAAGCCGGAGGGGGGAUUGAAGAUUGAAGAGAAGGAAAUGGGGGAUGGGGAGACGGGAAUGAAGGAUGGGGAGACGGGAAUGAAGGAUGGGGAGACGGGAAUGAAGGAUGGGGAGACGGGAAUGAAGGAUGGGGAGACGGGAAUGAAGGAUGGGGAGACGGAAGCGAAGGAUGGGAAGACGGGAAUCAAGGAUGAGGACAUGGACAGUAUGGGGCUGGGACGGAACAGGAUGACGCGGAGGACGUUGGGACUGAACAAGUAUGGGAAGCUGGUGGGCGGUGGGAAGCACUCAGAUGAAUGGUGGUCGAAGAGGGAAGAGCAGAAGAAAGAAAGAGAGGCAAGGGGAGGGUUUAGGGGGCACGCCCAGAACGAUAGGUGGAAGGGGAGAGGAUCGCGGAGUUAGCUGGGUAUGAUAUGCUGGACGCGUUGUAAACUGUGAGUGAGACUGCAUCUUGCUUUCUUUAUAAUAGCGGAGGCGUGAACUCUCUGGCCUACGACAGCAACUGGCUUCUCGUUGAUCUAUAAAUUCCACUUACAAAUACAAAAUUUAC